UCAGGUCGUCGUCUCCUCCACGUCCAGAUCCCCUCAUAACAUGUCCCUGCCGAACGAAAUCGCCACCGCAAUGGAGAGCCUCGAUCAGCUGCCGUCGGCCCUACUCGCCACAAUCCUGACCAAGCUCGACGUGUCCUCCAUCUGCUCCGUUGCUUCCACCUGCACCGUCUUCAACGCCUGCGCUCACCACAUCCUCUCCUUCAUCCCCACCUUCCAUCUCCUUGGAACUGCGCCGUCUAUGGAAUUGCUGAGGCCUCUGUUGCCGCCAAACCCUUGGAUGAAGAGCAUGAAGGUGAACUGCGGCCGGCUCGACGAUUCGGCCAUUCAGAUUCUGCUGCAGCCUUCUCUACAGGAGCUAUGUAUGCUCAAUUGCGCGGAUUUUAGCGGGAAAUUGCUAUCGGAGAUCGGAGGCCGGUGCAAGGAUUUGAGGUCUCUCUGCUUGGGGUCUGUGGCUGAAAAAAGAGGGCGAGCUAUUCAUAUUUCUGAUUUGGAGGAGUUACUCAGUGGUUGCACACAUUUAGAAGCAUUGGUCCUGAUGUUUGAUGUCUCAUUUUCGAUGCGUCAUGACUUUGCUCGAGUAUGGGCUCUGGCCUCAGAUAAACUUACUUCUCUUGAGAUAGGCUACAUUUCUUCUGUAAUGGUGACUGAACUUCUUAGCCCGAAUUUUGAAUUCCCACAGUCAACAAGUCGUGUUCAGCCUUCCAUAUUGCCCAACAUUCAUAAAUUGUCUCUUUCUGUUGACUACAUAACUGAUACAAUGGUCGGUACCAUAUCCAAAGGUCUCACCUGCCUGACUCAUUUGGAUCUUCGAGAUGCACCCCUCAUUGAACCAAGAGUUACAUUUGACCUUACCAAUUCUGGCCUUCAACUGAUUAAUCAGCAGGGAAAGUUGAAGCAUCUAUCGUUGGUUCGGAGCCAGGAGUUUCUCUUCACCUAUUUCAAACGAGUAAAUGAUCUUGGGCUCCUUUUAUUGGCCGACAAGUGUGCAAACUUGGAAAGUAUAUUUCUUGGUGGCUUCUGUCGUGUUACAGACACUGGUUUCAAAACAAUCUUGCAUUCUUGCUCCACGCUUUACAAGCUUAGGGUGUCUCAUGGGACUCAGUUAACUGAUCUGGUUUUUCAUGACAUUUCUGCAACUUCCCUUUCUUUAACACACGUUAGCUUGAGACGGUGUACUCUUUUAACCAACCAUGCAGUCACUAAUUUGGCUUCUAACAAGAAUCUGAAAGUUCUUGAUUUGAGAGAUUGCAGAAACCUUGGGGAUGGAGCCCUUCGAGCCAUAGGCAAUCUUCAUAAUUUGAAGACUUUGUUGUUGGAUGGCUCUGAUAUUACUGAUAUGGGAUUGCCAUAUUUAAGGCCAGGGGUUAUAAGUUCACUAAUUACAUUGUCUGUUAGGGGCUGCAAGAAGCUGACUGAUAAAUGCAUCUCUGCUCUAUUUGAUGGCUCUUCUAAAUUGCCAUUGCAAGAACUGGACCUCUCAAAUCUUCCGAAUCUCUCGGACAAUGCAGUUAUAUUACUUGCAAAGAGUAGGAUUCCGUUAUUGGAACUACGAAUGCGACAGUGCCCACUCGUAGGUGAUACUUCGGUAGUGGUAUUAGCUUCAAUGCUGGUAGAUGAGGAAAGGUGGCAUGGUAAUAGCUUGCGGUUGUUGGAUCUAUUUAACUGUGGUGGCAUUACCCAACGUUCAUUCCGGUGGCUGAAGAAACCAUAUUUUCCGAGGCUAAGGUGGUUGGGGGUUACAGGUUGUGUAAAUAGAGAUAUAGUGGAUGCUUUAGCUCGUAGUAGACCGUUCUUGCAUGUGUCAUGCCAUGGUGAGGAGCUGGGAGCAGAGCAAUGGGAUACCGGGGACGACUUUCAUAUGCAUGACUAUGAUGAGAUGGAUGAGCUUGAACAGUGGCUUCAAGAAGGUGACUAUGAGAGUGGCGAUGAAGAGAUGGCGGAGGCAGAAAAUGUUGCAGAAGCAAUGGAGUAGUCUGCCACAGAAGACGAGUUUUUUGCAUCCACGACCAUGAUGAGAUGCAUGAGCUUCAGCAGUGGCAAAGGAAAUGGUGGAUGCAAAAAACAAUGGAGUACUCCAUAAAAUCAUUGUAAAAUUCAAAACAUCUGUAUACGCUGAAUGCUUGUUUGUUUAUUUGGUUUUGUACUAAAUAUAACUAACUGUAAACUAUUGACUAUGCUGUGGAACUUUACUCCAAAGCUGUUAUUUGGCCAGGUAAUUCCUGUGAUUAUUUGGUGCAAGAUGGAUUUGGAGCACUGUUGUAUUUCGCUAUAAUAAUAAUUAGAUUUGUUGCACCAUU